AUGCCUCGAAUUUAUUACCUUCCUUUGUCAGUCCUUGCGGCCAGCUUGGGAGCUGUGCAGGCCAAGCUGGACCUGGCGUCUUCUUCUAACAUCGCAGUCUAUUGGGGUCAAAACUCUCUCCAGGGAAAUGGCGGCGAGGUGCAGCAGCCUCUGGCUCACUACUGUGAAAAUGCCAACAUUGAUGUUAUUCCCAUGGCAUUUGAAAUGAUGGUCAAUGGACCAGGUGGUGCCCCGGAGGUUGAUUUCUCGGUCACCAGCAAUGAUUGUACCAUUUUCGAUGGAACGCAGCUGAAGAACUGUCCUAAAAUCGGUGAGGACAUCACGACGUGCCAGCAGAAGGGGAAGACUAUCAUCCUGUCCAUCGGCGGAGCAACUUACAGUGAAGGUGGCUUCAAGUCCGAGGCCGAUGCGAAAGCUGGCGCAAAGCUCAUCUGGGAGACAUUUGGCCCAGAGCAGGAGGGCUCGAAGGCUUUGCGGCCCUUUGGAAAUGCUACCCUUGAUGGCUUUGACUUUGACUUCGAAGCCUCCGUCACGUACAUGGCUCCUUUCGCCAACGAGCUCCGCACUUUGAUGGACACGGAUACCAGCAAACAGUACUUCUUGACAGCUGCGCCGCAGUGCCCAUACCCCGAUGCGGCUGACAAGGAUAUCCUCAAUGGUGGGGCUCCAAUCGACGCCGUCUGGGUGCAGUUCUAUAACAACUACUGUGGCCUGAACAACUUCAAUACCGAUCCCUCGAGCUCCAAGUACAAUUUCGAAGAAUGGGACAACUGGGCCAAGACAGUGUCCAAGAACCCAAACGUCAAGGUACUGAUCGGUGCGCCGGCCGAUACGACCGCUGCCAGCACCGGAUACGUUCCGGCAUCGAAACUGGACGAGGUCAUUCAAUAUACUAAGAAAUACGAAAGCUUCGGCGGCGUCAUGUUGUGGGAUACCACUCAGGCGUACGCCAACUCAGGAUUCCUUGAAAGUCUGCGCAAGUCAUUAGGUGACGGUGAUUCCGGUUCGUCGUCGUCCAACGCGGCGUCGACCGCGGUUUCUUCUACGAAAACUAACUCACCGAAUACCUCGCUCUCUUCCAAUGCACCCGGCUCGCCGUCCUCCUCUUCCUCCUCCUCUGGGUCUGGCUCCUCGUCCAGUGGUCAUGAGGACCCCGAAACCAAGCCCGCCACUGCGGCCCCCACUGCACCAACGACCAAGCCGAUUUCUACCACCACUUCCAAGGCUCAGCCCGCGACUGCUGCUGCGCCUACUGCUCCUGUCGCGCCUGAUGCUCCUACUGCCCCCACUGCUCCUGCUGCACCCACUGCUCCUGCUGCACCCACUGCUCCUGCUGCACCCACUGCUCCUGCAGCCCCAGCACCACCUCCUGCGCCGCCUGUUGAUGACGAUGUUACCGACCUCGGCGACGAUUCGACUGAUAAUGCCACGCCCACCGACUCUGCACCAGCUCCCCAAAACACUAAUACCUCGAAAGCCGGAGUUCUCGGCACUGAUCUCUUUGCUUUGCUUCAUGGCCUCCAAAAAGCCGACGGUAUUGUCGAGGACGUUGCUGAUGGCGUUACUCAUGGCCUUACCAACAAUCUCCGUCGUGCCAAUCGUAUUAGACGUUAA